UGGGGACUCGGCCGCUAGGGACUGCGCAGUAUCAACUCUGGUCCCUGUCCUGUCCUUCGGACCUCGAUCCCUUGGCUGCAAGCUCUAUGGUGCUGCUACGACAUGUGGCGCCUGACAGGGAUCCUGGGGCGAGGUAGGGGCUGUCUGCAAGCUCUUCCUCGCCUGCUGGGACCAGGCUUCCGAGGGAUAACACCCAAACCCACCAGUUCAGAUGGGCCUCAGACAACCUCCACUACCCUGCCACUCCCUAGGGUCAACUUUGACAGAUCAGGCUCCCAUGGUUCAAAGAGGAACAGGGACCCAAAGUGCUGUGGAUGGAAAGAGGCCUUCCACUGGAUGUCUGCUCAUGUCUCCCCAAACACUCUGCGGGAUGCCGUCUCCUGGGGCACUCUGGCCGUGCUGGCCUUGCACCUGGCGAGGCAGAUUCACUUCCAUGCACCUCUGGUAGCAGGACCUCAGUCAGCUGAACGCUGCUCUUGGCACAGUCCCCUGUACCGCUUCCUCUCCUCUUCCUGGUGGCACCCGCACUCCUCACUUCGGAGGCAUGUUCUUCCCAGUCCUGACUGCCCAGCUCCCAGGAACACUGGCCUGAGGGAACCAAGACUGGGCCAGGAAGAACCCUCAGCUCGAUCCCAGGGCCUUCCUUCAGAUAGCUCCCUGAAACCUGGCCUUCUGAACCUACCUGAAGAAGAGCCCGGUGACUUUGGCUUCCUGAAUGCUAGCAGGGACUUCACAUCCCAGGCAAAGGCAGCUGAGGCCGGCCCCCCUGGAGGAAAAAAUGAGCAAGAUAAGCCCAAGGCUCUUCCUCUGGAGGAGGCUGUGACUUCCAUCCAGCAACUCUUUCAGCUCAGCGUUGCCAUUGCUUUCAACUUCCUGGGGACAGAGAACAUAAAGACAGGGGACUACACAGCAGCCUUCUCCUACUUCCAGAAAGCCGCAGACCGUGGCUACAGCAAAGCACAGUACAAUGUGGGCUUGUGCCUCGAGCAUGGCAGAGGCACCUCCAGGGACCUCAGCAAGGCUAUCCUCUUUUACCACCUGGCUGCUGUCCAGGGCCACAGCCUGGCUCAGUACCGCUAUGCCAGGUGCCUGUUGCAAAGUCCAGGCUCUGUGUCAGACCCCGAGCAACAGAGGGCUGUCUCUCUACUGAGGCAGGCUGCAGACUCUGGCUUGACAGAGGCCCAGGCUUUCCUUGGGGUACUGUUUACCAAGGAACCACACCUGGAUGAACAGAGAGCUGUAAAAUACCUUUGGCUGGCAGCCAGCAACGGGGUACGUAUGAGGUCUCUGGUCUGUGCAUGUUGGGGAGCAAGUCUGAUAAGAAAAGGGAUUUGGAAACUGGUUCUGAGCUCUGGGGUAUGGUAUGUUUUCUAGGAGCCUUUGGGCUGAUUGAAUAAUCCUAUCAAUAAUACUGAUCAAUAAUGUCAUGGCUUCCUCUGCUCCACUGUGUGACCUUAGACAGGGCCACUGGGGCGCUGAGGUUAAAGGUGGAGACUGCUCAUCUGAGGUGGGAAUGCUUGCUCUCCUUUGGAGUGUGGCAUAGCAGGCUCCUCUACGAGCCACCGGGCCUGUUGCUACACAUGCACCACACAUCGGGCCGUCCAUCACUUCUUGAUUCAAACCUGCUUCAUCGCCUUUAAAACAAGCACAAAAUGCCCACCUUCUUCACCGUCUGCUAUCUGCCACCUCAUGGAGAGAUGCCUGGAAGCUAUGCCUGAGACUAGCUGUCAUGGUGGGACGUCAGAUACAAAUGGAGAGAGGGCUACCUAGUUGUCUGCCCUGGGUGCUGACAUUCAAGGGGCAUCACCCAGUUUAUUCCAUGGGUGUUGGUUCCAUGGGAUGUUGAUGAGGAAUGCCAGGGGACUGACUGCUUGGAUUUCAGGAGCACCAAGUGAAGACAGUUGUUUCAGUGUAGACAGUCUCAGAGAUUUUUAAUCACUGAAGCGCCAAGGUGAUCGGCGGUUUGAUGGAUCCCUCCAGUAUAUGGGAUCAGUACGCAUGUUCAGAAGAGCAUAGACAAGUCAGCAGUCAUGGAUUGGAGCUCACAGUGUGCACAAUGUCAUUUUCCUGCAUAGGGUAUCACUGCUUCUCUUUGAAAAAUAUGGUUAGAGCUCUAGUGAGGGGGAGAGCUCAGUGUUGUGCAUAGCCAAAGGGGAGUAUGAUGCUAGUGGCAAUGACCUAAGCCUUUAUCAUGCAGUGACAACCUAAACUGGCAGUGCUUCUGUCACCUUGUUCUAUAGGUAAGGAAACUUAGGCACCUAAUACCUACUCAUUCUGUCUCAAAGAGGAGCAUCAUGUCAUCGAGGAGAGAGAGCCAGAGCCACAGGCAGGGGGCAAAGCCUCUGACAAGGACAUGCUCGUGUUGUGGUUUCUGUUUUGCAGUCCUCUCAGGCUAAGUCAGGGAGUCAGACCUGGCUUCGAGAAACCUGCCUGCAGGCUAGCCUGCUGGCCACUUUCCUGUCCAUCAAGGGCUGAACCCUUCUGCAGGCUUUUUCAUCCAUUUCCUGCAAGAGAAGCCUUCACACUGACUGGGUGGAAUCUCCCUGGGCAGAGGAACCUAACUCCUUUGGCAAGCACUGGGCCUCGACAUUACAUGGUCAAGGAGCUUGGAGUCUGGCAGGCUACGUGCAUGAAGGCCCAACAUGCCCCCUGACUCCACCUUCCUCCUGACUGAGCAUUACAGUUCUUCAGUUUGUCUGUCUUCUCCUUUAGGACUCUCAGAGCAGAUUCCACUUGGGAAUUUGCUAUGAGAAGGGCCUUGGCGUACAGAGGAAUCUGGGAGAGGCUGUGAAGUGCUACCAGAAGUCAGCCGCUAUGGGGAACGAACCCGCCCAGGAGAGGCUUCGGACCCUCUUUAAUGUGGAAGCAGCAGGGCCCAGCCACCUGGCUACAGGACUGAAGUCUUUCUCCAGCCCCUCCCUCUGUAGCCUGAACACCUUGUUGGCUGGCGCCUCAGGCCUCCCUCAUGCCUCAAGCACUGGAAACCUAGGCCUCCUCUGCAGAAGUGGCCAUCUUGGAACCAGCCAUGGAGCCCCCAGCAGGGCUAUGCCAUCCUUGGAAAGGAGUCUCGUAAGACUGGGUUUUGGCUAAGACCUCAUCCUUAGGAAUGAGAGUUCUCAGAGACAGCACAAUUUGAGUCCCAAAGAAGAGGCAAGUUAGCUACUUACCCUCCCGGAAACCAUCAGCACCUCCCAGCUCCAUAAAGAAGAGGAAGGUGUGAGAAGAGCCAGAGGGCUGUGCCACCUGGAGGGGAUGACCGGAUUUCCACCAUGCUUCCUCAGUUGUAGACUGAGGGCUCCUGCCUUAAAGAUUGAGGUGCAACCAUUUCCCUGCAGAAAGACCCUUAAUCCUUGCUUAGGUUCCCAAAGACAGACUGGUGCCUGCAGUUCCACGGCCUUAAGAAUCACCAGGCUGCUGGUGUGGUGACACACGCCCAAUCCCAGCACUCAGGAGGCAGAGGGGCAGGCAGAUGUCUAUGAAUUCAAGGCCAGCCUGGUCUACAAAGUGAGUUCCAGGACAGCCAAGGCUGUAAUCACAGAGAAACCCUGUCUCAAAUCACCACCACCACCACCACCACCAUAUAAAACAAAAAGAACAAAACAAAAAAAGAAGAAGAGGAGGAGGAAGAGGAGGAGGAAGAGGAAUUACCAGGUCAAGAUGAGGAUCAAAACUGACAUCAUGACUCCGGCCCAGACUUCUGGUCUACCAGUCCACACUGCCAUGUUAUUUGAAAACAUUAUCUAUUGUCACCCUGUAGAACAGUGGAGAUUAGGCACCUGGAGUCUUGGAGCCAGAGGGUGGAGACCAUGAGUCCUUUUUAGGAAAGGUCAGGUAGGGAUAUAUAAGUGUUUAAUAAAACAGAUGGUGGAUUACCUCUC